AUGGGGUAUUUCCCUGAUAUAUACCAACACGCCAAACUCAAAUUAAUCCCCAAGCCUAAAAAGCAACCAACAGACCCUAAUAACUAUAGACCAAUCUCCCUGCUUGAAGUUCCAGGCAAAUUAUUUGAAAAGUUCAUUAACAAAAGACUUCAAAAUCAUCUAGAAACACAUAACCUCAUCCCUACAACACAACAUGGAUUUAGACAAAAAAGAUCGACUAACACAGCCAUAGCAACACUCUCAGAAACACUCAGCAACGCUCUCACAACAAACAAAGUUACUACAGUUGUUACUCGGGAUAUAUCUAAAGCUUUUGAUAAACCAAGUCCACCCUGCUGCUAUCCUCCAACCACCCGGCCAAGGCGACGCGGUCGGCUACGGGCGAAUCUUCCGGCAGCUGCCCCUUCACCGGUGUCGCCGCCUCCAGCAGCAGACCCCGGCCCCUGCUUCGACGCUGACCGGUCGCCACCCCGCCGGCCGCCCCCCCCAGCCGCCCGUACGCCGCCCCCAGCCGCCCGUAUGCCGCCCCCAGCCGCCCGUACGCCGCCCCCCGCCGCCCGGCCGCCUUCACGGCGCCUCCCCCCCGCGGCACUCUCCAGCUGA